CGGCUACACGCACGGAUGAAACGCAACGUAUUUGGGACGUUUUACCAUGUAAUCAUCACACGCACAGGGCAGCCACAGCAGCCAAUCAGCUGCCGGGCCGCCGCAUCACGUGACAUCGCCGGCGCGUUCCCCACGCUGUGUCUGCCCGCGGCUUCCGUACGUACAGGAGGGGAACGGGCGUGCGUUGAUUUGCGCCGCUUAGGUGACGUUUCCGUGCCCGUUCCCAUGAUGGCUGCUGCGAUGGCGGAGCAGGAGGGCUCCAAAGGCAGCGCCCGGAACCGAGGUGGGGUGCAGCGGGUGGAGGGGAAGCUGCGGGCCAGCGUGGAGAAGGGAGACUACUACGAGGCACACCAGAUGUACCGCACUCUGUUCUUCAGGUAUAUGUCACAGAACAAACACGCAGAAGCAAGGGAACUAAUGUAUUCUGGUGCUUUGCUGUUUUUCAGCCAUGGACAACGAAACAGCGCUGCCGAUCUCUCCAUGCUCGUGUUGGAGUCCUUAGAGAAAUCUGAAGCUAAAGUGACGGAUGAGUUGUUAGAACACCUCGCCAAAUUGUUUAGUUUGAUGGAUCCGAACUCUCCGGAACGAGUAGCUUUUGUCUCCCGGGCUCUAAAGUGGUCAACUGGAGGAUCAGGAAAAUUAGGCAAUCCGAAACUACAUCAGUUACUGGCGAUCACAUUAUGGAAAGAGCAAAACUACUAUGAAUCCCGUUAUCACUUCCUGCACUCGUCUGAUGGCGAAGGCUGUGCAAAUAUGUUAGUAGAAUAUUCCUCCAGCCGAGGCUAUCGCAGCGAGGUGGAUAUGUUUGUGGCACAGGCCGUCCUUCAAUUCCUGUGUUUAAAAAACAAAACCAGCGCUUCGGUGGUGUUCACGACGUAUACGGAGAAGCAUCCGUCUAUAGAGAAGGGUCCUCCAUUUGUACAGCCCCUUUUAAACUUCAUUUGGUUUCUACUACUGGCUGUAGAGGGUGGGAAAUUAACUGUAUUUACAGUAUUGUGUGAACAGUAUCAGCUGUCUUUAAAAAGAGACCCUAUGUAUAAUGAGUACUUGGACAGGAUAGGACAGAUUUUCUUUGGCUUACCACCUCAGCAGUCGUCUUCAUACGGGGGAUUAUUGGGUAACCUUUUGAAUAGCCUAAUGGGGGCUGGUGACGAAGACGAUGAUGUGGAAGAUGGCCAUGAAGACAGCAGUCCCAUAGAACUAGACUGAGCAAGAGAAACAUAAUACACCAGGAGCUGCAUGAAUUGGAACAAUAAAAACUGGAGCAGAAAGACUCCUUUCCAUGAUCUGAGUCUUUGAAGGGUCUUUUAUGAACGGCUGUAAUGAGCUGUCCUCAUCCCCACGAUGGAACAAUUACGUGUUUGCUCUAAAUAAAUGAUGUCACAGAGGUAGCUGAACAGAAUAGCUAGAGUGAAUGUUGGCAAUUUUACCCAGCCUGCUAUAUAUAUAUAUUUUUUAUUAUUUCUCUGAAUGCCAAGCAAGUACAUGGUUUCCUUACAAUGUGACAGCCAAGCAGAUCAACCUUCUAGUGUGUGCACUCCAUCCUGUGUCUUUCCACCUGUACUUUGCCCAUAGCUUAAUGUCACAUCCUAGAUCCGUGUUAUCAUGGCAACAAGAAUUCCGCCUAACGUCACUGAUUAUGAUGAAGAUUUCGGGAUAAACUUUUUAUUUUUACAUCCCACCCACAUGUGAUUGUAUUGUAUGUUAGCGGCACAGCCAAUAUAAACACCUCUCUCCAAUUAUUUAAAUACGGUGGACUUUCUUUUAAUAUACAGUAUUUAUUACAGAUAAGGUGAUUUUGUACUAUUCCCCCCCCCUUCAGAGUCCAUAAAAUACCAAGAUGUCACAUUGGCACUGAAAUUGUUAUUUUAUGUAUAAAGGGGGCGUAGUGCUGGUGAGCAGCGGGACAGAGACAACACAGUGCUACUAAAUAAAUCAUGCAAUGUAUCUUA